AUGGAGGACCAAAAGUCAAAGAAACCUCUCAGAAGAAUUACCAACGUGCGUAUACCGGAUAAACCGUCGUCGACACUCUGGGACAUCACGAUCAACGAUGGGAGAAUUGCUUCGGUAGACAGCCAUGUCAAGGAUUCGGACGGGCGCAGUGAAGACACGCUAGAUGGAGGCAAUCGUCUCAUAGCGCCAUCGCUUUGUCAUGCCCACAUUCACCUUGACAAGUGCUUCCUCCUACAAGACCCGAAAUUCAGCGACUUACAGAUCGAGAGCGGCGACUUCACGGAAGCCAUGUCGAUGACGGGUGAGGCUAAGUCAAGGUUUGAGGAAGAUGAUCUCCUGAGGAGGGGCGCGCGUCUUAUCGAAGAGAGUGUCCAACAUGGUGUGACCGCUAUGCGGGCGUUUGUAGAAGUGGACGGGGUGGUGCACAUGAAAUGUUUGGACGCAGGUCUCAAGCUGAAAGAAAUGUUCAAGGACCGAUGCGAAGUGCAGAUCUGCGCGUUCGCCCAGCUCCCGCUGUUUACUGGCCAAGACGGGGGCGAGGAAGUAAGGAAGCUGAUGACUAGCGCUGCUUCGUAUGAGAAAGUGGAUGUACUCGGAAGCACGCCAUAUGUCGAGGAUGAUGAACAAAAGCCCAAGGAUAACGUGAAAUGGAUCACGCAGUUAGCACUUAAAUACCAGAAGCAUCUAGAUCUCCAUCUUGACUACUUCCUGGAAGAAGACAAGAAGCCACUGGUCUGGGAUACCCUGGACAUGUUCAAAGAGCUCAAAUGGAAAGAAAAGGCGGGAGACAGGCAAAUUACGCUAGGACAUUGCACCAGAUUGACGAGAUUCCGGAACGACGAGUGGACGCAUCUGAGACAAGAAGUAGGCGACCUGCCAAUCUCUUUCGUAGGCCUGCCAACCUCCGACCUGUUCAUGAUGCGAACACCAGAGAAUGUGCGCGGGACUCUGCCGGUCGUUGAACUCAUCAACGAGUACGGGUUCAAUGCUGCCAUUGCCGUUAAUAACGUGGGCAACGCGUUCACACCGUACGGGAACUGCGAUCCUCUGAGCAUUGCAUCACUAGGUGUCGGUCUUUACCAAGCUGGUACAAAGAAAGACGCUGAACUCCUAUAUGAAACCGUAUCUACACGGGCAAAGACCGCUAUUGGCUGCGAUUCGACGUCUCUCGCCCUAAAUCCGGGUCAGCCUGCCGACUUUGUGUUGUUCGACCGAAUGGACAGUGGCUGGCACUGCAGAAAGAGCGUGGUAGAGGUGGUGUAUGAUGCCGGCCAUACUCGCCAAACGGUUUUCAGAGGCCGCUUGAUUGCAUCGAAAGAUACACGAACGUAA